GCAGCAGCAGCAUCAGCAGAGCUUCAGUGGGUCUUUCUCUCCUCAGAUAAACGUCCCUCCUCCUCAGCAGCAGCAGAACCGCAGGUCUCCAGUCAGUCCGCAGAUUCACCCACAGCAUCAGGGCGCGUUUCUGCAGCAGAGGAACAACUACAACCAACACCAGCCCAUGAUGAAGCAGUCUCCGUGGAGCAGUCACCAGGGGAACGGCUGGGGUUCAGGUGGGAUGUCCUGGGGUCGUGACCUCCGUAGGGGCGGCGGGAUGGGCGUGCCUGGCUCUGUGGCUCACAUCUCGCCGAUGAAGAAACCGUUCUCCAGCAACGUCAUCGCUCCUCCCAAGUUCCCACGCUCCGCCGGAUCACUGGGGCCCAAAUCCUGGAUCGAGGAAAACGUGUUCCGCACGGACAGCAACAGCAACACUUUGAUGCCUCUGCAGGAUCGAACCAGAAUGUACGACAGUCUGAAUAUGCACUCACUGGAGAGUUCACUGAUCGACAUCAUGAGAGCUGAGCACGAUCCAAUGAAAGCCAGGAGCUUUGGGAGACGUCGAGGCCGCUCCUCCCUCUUCCCUAUUGACGACAAUCUCCUUGACGACGGCCACGGCAACCAGGGCGUCCCGGGAGUCCUGGGCUCCCCCGGCUGUUUCCUGCACCAGAACGGCGAGCGAAUUGAGCGUUUCUCCCGGAAGGUGUUUGUGGGCGGUUUGCCGCCUGAUAUCGAUGAAGAUGAAAUCACCUCCAGUUUCCGUCGUUUUGGUCACCUGGUGGUGGACUGGCCGCACAAAGCUGAGAGCAAGUCCUACUUCCCACCUAAAGGUUACGCCUUCCUGCUGUUCCAGGAGGAGACCUCGGUCCAGGCUCUGAUUGAAGCGUGCAUGGAGGAGGACGGGAAGCUGUACCUGUGCGUGUCCAGUCCCACCAUCAAAGACAAACCUGUGCAAAUUCGUCCGUGGAACCUGAGCGACAGUGACUUUGUGAUGGACGGGUCUCAGCCCCUCGAUCCCCGCAAAACCAUCUUUGUGGGCGGCGUCCCUCGUCCUCUGAGAGCGAUCGAGCUGGCCAUGAUCAUGGAUCGUCUCUACGGCGGAGUCUGUUACGCUGGUAUCGACACUGACCCAGAGCUCAAGUAUCCCAAGGGGGCGGGGCGAGUGGCCUUCUCCAAUCAGCAGAGUUACAUUGCCGCCAUCAGCGCCAGAUUCGUCCAACUGCAGCACGGCGACAUUGACAAGCGGGUGGAGGUGAAGCCCUACGUCCUGGACGAUCAGCUGUGCGACGAGUGUCAGGGCGCCCGCUGCGGCGGGAAGUUUGCGCCCUUCUUCUGCGCUAACGUCACCUGCCUGCAGUAUUACUGCGAGUUCUGCUGGGCUAACAUUCACUCCCGCGCCGGACGAGAGUUCCACAAACCGCUGGUGAAGGAAGGAGCCGACCGCCCGCGCCAGAUCCACUUCCGCUGGAACUAGAGCGGCGAGCUGCGUGGACACAGCAUCGCUCUGCCGCUCACGUAGGAACCACUUCUGUAUCUCUAUAUCUUUUGUAGCAGCCAAACACCACAAGCCUCAGUUUUCACCAAACCCCCCUCACACCCUCACAUCUCAGGCUCGGACAACUCUUUGUGGUACGUUCAUCUCUUUGAACAGAUUUAAAAAAAGAAGAAAAUAAGCUUUUUUAUCCUUAUUAUUUUUCUAUGUGAGAUUUAAAGUAGAUCCGGGAAUGUGUUUAGUUUUUUUGUUGCAUGGGGGCAGCUCGUCCGUCCGUCUGUUUGCUGCUGCUAGCUUAUCCCACGGUGGUUACACUCUUGUUUGUGGGAAAACCUCGACGCUCGCCCCGAGUCACAAACCAAAGUUCGCAACAUCUAUAGGAAGCUUCAAGAAAACAAACGCUCUUUUUUAUUUUAUUCUUUUUAAAAAAGCUUUAUAUUUAUUUAUUUAUUUAUUUAUUUCUGCACUCGUGCUGACUCAUCAUGUGCGUUCACACUGAACAUAAAGUUAGCUAGCUCACUUUCUGCCCCGCCCUCUUCACUGAAGACGUCGGAAGAAUCUAAGAAUAGAUUUUUUUUUUCAAACACAAACCAUUUGUGUUUACUGGCGCUAGCUAGCGCAGCAAGUAAACGUAACCAUGUGUCUGCUCACCCGGCAGGAGCUAAUGCUACAGCUAACAGCCGCCAUGCUAAAACAGCUUGGAUCAGGAAAAAGAUGCAUAUUUCCUGAAGUUAUCAGGAAACUGCACAACGUCCUAGCUUAUUUUCUGCCCCGCCCUCUUUGUUGUUAUUUCAAACGAAACGAAAUGUAAGAUCAUUUCUCAAAACGUUGUGCUAGCGAAGCUUUUGUUUGUUUGUUUUCAUGAGCUUCUCCUCGUGUUCAGUGUGAACGCACCAGUGCAGCGACACCUCAGACUGAAUCUUCUAACUUUUCUAACAAGCUGUUUCAGAAGCUUCUGCUGCUAUUUAAACACACACACACACACACACACAUAUAUAUAUAUAUAUAUAUGAGUAUAUAUAUAUUCAUAUAUUUAAUGCCAUCAUGUUAAACAAAAUACACUCAAACACUCAAAUCCCCCCCAGCGCCAUGGAAACGGUGAAAGUUAUGGGAUGUAGACAAGCGUAAAUGAACAAAGAGGAAAUAGUUGGUAGCAUGACCUUUGACCUCAUUACAGAGGGGAAGAAAAAAAUCAGAGAAACUGAAAAAAAACAUAUUUAAAGUUGCAUGCGUUGAUGUUUGUGUGUGUGUGUGUGUGUGUGUGUGUGUGUGUGUGCUUUGAUCCGUUUACUUAACUGUAGACUUGGUGGAUGCCGCCAUAUUGUGACAUAGAGACGCAGAGUGGUGUGUGUGUGUGUGUGUGUCUGUCGUUGCUGUUUUGUGCGACUGGUGUCGUUUCCUGUAGCAGAGGAAAAAGGUGAAAGAAAAGAAAAAAAAACACCUCAGACUGACUCCGCCCCCUGGCUCCUGCAGUAUCUUUGAGUUCCAAAGGUUUUUCCUGGUUCAGCGUCUUCAGAAUGUGUUUGCUGCUCAUGACGUCGCAACAGUCACUCAUUUUAACGUCAGUCGCUUUAAGUGGAAAUGAAAAAAAAGCGACGUUGUAACGCUGUGAUGACAACGAACCAAGACAUGGAAUGCGACUCAAAAGACAACAAAGGAGGAGAUCCAGCAGCUCAAAGUUUGUACGAGAACAGGCUGCAGGCGUUGAAGAAGCACCAGUCGCAGGGGAGUGACCUCGCCCAAACAGCUCACUAUCGUGGAUGGAGCCGGUUUAGCUCCACCCUGACCAUACUGUACCAUUUUACUCUGGUACCCAAAGGGAAGGGGGCUGAAGAACAGUUAAUAUUGGAACUAUUCCAGACUGAAACACAAAGAAACACCGAACCGAACUCCAACGAACAGAAUCCGAACACUCGAGGAAACACGGCUUACAGAGAAGUUUGCAUCCAACACGGCGGAUCCUCCACCGAGCGCCUCCUGACUAUUAUUAGUUAGUUAUUAGUUAUCAUCUGAUUGGUUGUAGGUCCAUGGAGGCGUUUUGAUCUGCGGCCCUUGGUCGUCAUCAGCAUCACGUUACCGUUACCCUGUGUAUCCUCUGAAGGAAGCUUUAGUUGACUUUGGUUGUUGGGCUAAAUGUUGCCGAACCUAAAAAGGACCUUGAGCUACGUUUGUAUCGUUGGGUUCUUCAUUUCCACGGUGUUAGCGCCUGACGUUGUAAUGUUUGAGCUUAAAAGCAUGAAUGCGUCUCAACAGACCCACAAUGCAGUGCAGUACGUACACACGCGUCGUCACAUCUCCUGAAUAUAAGCUUUUAUAAUAACAAUGUUGUAUAUGAAGAGAUUCUUCACUUGUACUGUUUUGUUCUGAUUUCUCUUGAAAUAGUAAAAAAGAAAAAAAGUCAAAAAAAUCGUAGUUAUGGACAAUCUGUGCACGGACGGCGUCGUCGUCACUGUCGUCGUGUGUCGCUCUCAUGUCGUAGUCACUGUCGCCUCAUGUCGCUCUCAUGUCGUCGUCACUGUUGCCGUGUGUCGCUCUCAUGUCGUCGUCACUGUCGCUGCCUGUCGCUGCCUGUCGCUCUCAUGUCGUCACUGCUGCCGCGUGUCGCUCUCAUGUCGUCGUCACUGAUGCCGCGUGUCGCUCCCAUGUCGUCGUCACUGUCGCUGCCUGUCGCUCUCAUGUCGUCACUGCUGCCGUGUGUCGCUCUCAUGUCGUCAUCACUGAUGCCGCGUGUCGCUCCCAUGUCGUCGUCACUGUCGCAGCGUGUCGCUCUCAUGUCGUCGUCACUGAUGCAGCGUGUCGCUCCCAUGUCAUCGUCACUGUCGCCGCGUGCCGCUCUCAUGUCGUCAUCACUGCCGCCGCGCGUCGCUCUCAUGUCGUCGUCAUUGUCGCCGCGUGUCGCUCUCAUGUCGUCGCGCUUCGUCCUUACUACGAAGUGUUUACUGUUACAAAAAAAGGACGAUUUAAUUUGUGUCGACUUCUUACCGUCAGUAUGUUUUUACACUAUGUAUAUAUAUAUUAUGCACUACUUUUAUAUCACAUGUCAGGACUUUUUAGGAAACAAAAUUAAAAAAAGGCAGAAUUCUGACUUUAAUCUUAGAUUUCUCCUAAAUCUUGGAAUUCUAAUUUUAAUCUAAAAAAUGCUUCUUUUUUUUAUUAGAUCUUUCCUCAGAAUUCUGACUUUAAUCUCUUUUUCCCCAGAUUUUCUUUACUUUAAUUUCUCUUAAAAUCUUGAAAUAAUUCCAACUUUAAUAAAAAAAAUGAAUUUUGAAAUGAAUUCUAAUGUAAACCACUUUAUCACAUCGACAUUUAAUCUCAGAAUUCUGGCUUUUUAAAAAAUAAAAAAUAUUAUUUAUCUAUUUAUUUGUUUGUUUCCAGAAAAAAAAGAAGAAAACAUUUCAAUCCUUUCCUGUAGACGUGGACUCUUUGCUUCCACUUAUUUAUAAUAAAAAGCUACAGAUGAUUGAUUCAGUAAAGUUUUUUAUUUUUUCAUAAUGACUUAUUUAAAUGUAGCGUGAAGCAGUGUCUUCAUUUAUCUUGUCGUGUGUGAGUCGAGCGACGACCCAAUAUUUUCUAAUACGCAUAUAUACAUACAUACAUAUAUAUAAUAUAUAAACUAACGUUUAGUGUGAUGGAUGUUGGGACGAGGAGUUUUGUGAAUAUCGUCGCCUGUAACACUUGACUCGUGCUGUUUGUUACUUUGUUUUGUGUCUUUUUGUUUUUGUAAAAAAAAAUCAUAUUUAUUUCACUAUUUUUGUAGACAAUUGUUGAUUUUGAUUGUAUUUUUCUAUUUAAAUAAACGGGUUUAUUUACCACGUGCUGAUUUAUGUUUUCAAAGACGAGAAUCGAUCGCAUCAACGUUUUUUAAAUAAUUCUCUUAUUUUGAUACACGCGACACAUUUGUUUUGAAGGAAGGCUUUUAUUUUGACACUUGAGAUCCUCCCCCGUGGCAUCGAGGGUGUUGUCGUCGUCGUCGUCGUUGCAGUCGCUGCUGUCGUCGUCGUUGCAGUCGCUGCUGUCGUCGUCAUCGUUGCAGUCGCUGCCGUCGUCGUCGUCUCUGGAACUUGAAUAUUGACACAUUUUGAAAGGCUGCCUCAGCUCGAUUCUGUGUUGUGACGUGCAAUACUGUUUCUAAUGUUUGUAUAAGAGUUAAAGAGCUACACUGUAAACCUUUUUAAAUGCAGAUUUAUUUUUUUCAUUGCAUAUUUUGCAGAUUUCUGAUCCACAAACAAAAAAAGAAGUAAAACCUGUUUUUUUUCUAUUUUUCAAAGCAGAAAUCUUUGUACUGAUGUAAAUGAUUGUACUUAUUUUGGAUAGUUUGGAUGUUUUGCUAACAACAGGAGAGACUUUUUCAUGCAUAUUUGUUUUUAUUUCAAACUGCGUUUUUAUUUUUCCCCUGGUGAAUACUCGCUGAAUAAUUUUCAUAUUUGAAUGUCAUUGGUAUUAUUUUUUGUAUUUUUAUGUGGAAUAAACACUAUAUAACAAUAAUAAUAAUAUAAUUUAAAGAUGCUAACUUUAUUUUUAUUUUUAAAGCUAAAUAUUUGUAAUUUUAUCGUCAAGAAUCAGAGUUUGUGUAUAGAUGACAGAACAGUGGUGUUUGGAUUGUAAUAAUUAUACUGAAUGGGUCUUUGAUAUGCAAAAUGAAUAUCAUGUUAUUAUUAUUAUUAUUAUUAUUAUUUGGUUGGUUUUGUAUUUAAAUGGAGUUUAAAUGGACAGCCUUGUUUUUCUUUUCCUGAAUAAAGACACUUUCUGUUUGGACACAACA